AAAUUUCUGUAAUCAGUGUCGAUUAAGAAGAUUGUUGGUCACCCUAUAAAACGCCGCCAUUUUACGACUAAACGCGGCGCGUCAGUCGCGCGGCGUCCGCUCGUUCGUGUGUACCGUCGCGUUUAAACGCUGGCGGUUCGUUUUCAAAAUAAUUUCUAUAGCUUUUUAAGAUGACAACAGUGCAUUUCGAAUACGACCCGGAGAGGCUAAUAGAGGAAAUAAAAAAGCGUCCCGGGAUAUGGGAUUAUGAUAAUGUUGCUUAUCGUAGCAAGGCAAUACGGCAAAAACUAUGGACGGACGUUGUAAAGGAACUAGUCGAGCCAAACGUCAAGUUCACGAAGUGUGAAUUGCGAGAACUUGAAAUCCAGCUACAGAAGAAAUGGAAAAGCAUCAGAGAUUGCUUUCAAAAAUUCGUAGUAAAUCCGAACAGAUCAAAAAGACCUUAUAUUUACAGCAAAAAGCUUAAUUUCCUUCUCAAGGAGGAGUCGACUGCGAGAGCUGGUGCAUCUACUGAACAAGAGGAUGGGGAAAAGACCAGCAUUUGGCGAACAAGAAGGAAGUUGAGUAUUAAGAAAGAAAGUUCAGAUGAUAACGAUAGUGAAACAUACAGUUACAAUGACGAUAACAAAUCGGACGGCUCCAACGUUGACGAAGAAAAUGAAACAAAAUCGCCUAAAAAGAUCAAAACCAAUAGCAAUAGCCUCGUCGGCGAAAUCGCUUUCGCUAAUGUUGACGCGCAUAGUUUUAAUGAAUCAGAGGAUAGUGAUAAACUAUUCCUUAUCUCCCUUCUACCUCAUCUCAAGUCAAUACCUGAUGAGUUCAAAUUAAACGUCAAAAUGGAUAUGAUGAAUGUGCUGAGAAAUGCAAAUUUUAACACGAGUCAAAAACUAAUUUAAUUACAUAUAUUACUAUAACAUGUGUGUAUAUUACUAUAACAUUAUUGUGUAUACUUUAAGUAUAACUUUAUAGAAUAAUAAAAU